UCUCUGGACUUGGCCCUGAGCUGGACCUGGUCCACUGGGGUAGGCAGGGUGAUGGGGAACCUGUUUGUGCUCUGGGCAGCUGUGGGCAUAAGCUGUGCCACAUUCAGUGCCUCUGCCUGGUCAGUGAACAAUUUCCUGAUAACAGGUCCCAAGGCUUAUCUGACCUACACAACUAGUGUGGCCUUGGGUGCCCAGAGUGGCAUCGAGGAGUGCAAGUUCCAGUUUGCCUGGGAACGCUGGAACUGCCCUGAAAAUGCUCUCCAGCUCUCCACCCACAACAGGCUGAGAAGUGCCACCAGAGAGACUUCCUUCAUACAUGCUAUCAGCUCUGCUGGAGUCAUGUACACCAUCACCAAGAACUGUAGCAUGGGUGACUUCGAAAACUGUGGCUGUGAUGAGUCAAGAAAUGGAAAAACAGGAGGCCAUGGCUGGAUCUGGGGAGGCUGCAGUGACAAUGUGGAAUUUGGGGAAAGGAUCUCUAAACUCUUUGUGGACAGUUUGGAGAAGGCGAAGGAUGCCAGAGCCCUGAUGAAUCUUCACAACAACAGGGCCGGCAGACUGGCAGUGAAAGCCGCCUUGAAAAGGACCUGCAAAUGCCAUGGCAUCUCCGGGAGCUGCAGCAUACAGACUUGCUGGCUGCAGCUAGCUGACUUCCGGGAGAUGGGAGACUACCUGAAGGCUAAAUAUGACCGGGCACUGAAAAUUGAAAUGGAUAAGCGGCAACUGAGAUCUGGGAACAGCGCCGAGAGCCACUGGGCACCCUCUGAGGCCUUCCUUCCUAGUGCAGAGACGGAACUGAUCUUUUUAGAGGAAUCACCAGAUUACUGUACCCACAAUUCCAGCCUGGGCAUCUAUGGCACAGAGGGUCGCGAGUGCCUACAGAACAGCCACAACACAUCCAGGUGGGAGCGAUGUAGCUGUGGGAGCCUGUGCACUGAGUGUGGACUGCAGGUGGAAGAGAGGAGAACUGAAGUCACAAGCAGCUGUAACUGCAAAUUCCAGUGGUGCUGUACGGUCAAGUGUGACCAGUGUAGGGAUGUGGUGAAGAAGUAUUACUGCACACGCUCCCCAGGUAAGGGCAGUGCCUGAUAAUAACCCACACACGUUCACUUGGUUGUGUCAGUGGAAGGGGACAUAGCUUCUCUCUCAGACAGAACAGAUUGGAAAGCAACUGGAAAAUCACAGUGUUGGUCUGUAGUCCUCAUGGUAUUUGCUAUCGGUGGUGAAAUGUAGGCCCAGGAUUCCACAGCAAAUGCCUGGCAGGGCUGAAAUGGGAACCUGGGCCUUCUGACUUUGGCAGACCCCAUUUCAUCUUUCCUGCAAGCUACUUUCCCGUCUUUGCACCUGUACUUAAUGCAGCUUGCUACAGGGAAAGUUUGGUUUGGGGUCCCUAUCUAGAGGGACCUUCAGAGUAUUUGUUCCUUUAAAUUUUAGACCAUGUCCAACCCGGCAUGCUGCUGGGAAUCAGGAGAAUAAAAGCAAAAGAUGAGAGUUCUGUUCAGACUCCUGAAGGAGUAGCCUGUGGCUAGCUCCAGACCAGCUACAAACAAAUCCAUGCUGAUAAAUGAG